ACGAAGGACACUAUCCGUGGGGAAUAUGUUUGAUAUGUUGACGCGGACCUCCAAAUUUGAUGUACAAUCUCUUUGACCAAAUGUCACAUCCCCUCCCCUCCCCUCAACUCCUCCCCUCCCCACAGUCACGCCUAUUAGAGCAAAACGCGUCUCUAAUAUUGGACCAAUGGGCGUUGAGUGGCGACGCAGUCUGCUAAGAGUUUGAUUGAGAAGUCUCGUGAUAUUGGGAAGUCGGCUAGUAAGUGCAAUAUUAUUACCCGGCAUGCAUGCGAUGGAAAACUUGAACAAGUCAUCAGGUGGUAAACGUUCGGGAGCUGAGAGUUCAUGGAAGAUUCAUCCUUAGUAACUGCAAUAUGCAACCGGUGGUGAGAAAUUCAUCUUUGAGCGUACGGACAUCGUACGCGGAGAUGCCUAAUAGUCUUCAUGUAAAACCGCUGACUUUAUUAGACUUGAAUGUCUAUCUCUUCGGGCACGCACAAAUCAAACCCGUGGACGUAGAUGGUUUGCGCAACAAUACUGGAAACAAUUCAUAUAAUACCGGAAGUACAAAUUGCCCGUCAUGCCGUUCGGUCCCAGAAGGCAAAUGCACAACGCAUGCGCACCUAGAAACCAUAGAAAAGCUGCGCAACCGCUCCUCCAAAGCGUCUAUCCUAUCACGCGCUCUAGAGUCUUUCCCUUCUGAAGUUCAGCUUUGCACAUCAAGCAUCCCCGGAUGGGGAUACGGAGUCUGCGCAAUGCAGCCUAUACCGCAAGGAACCUGGGUCGGACCUUUUGAGGGAAAGCGCAUACUCCCCAGAGAUAUACCGCUGGAUGCAGACACAUCAAUGAUGUGGGAGAUAUUUCACGAAGACGAGGUCGUUUGUUAUCUGGACGCAAGCAACGAAAACGAGUCCAGUUGGAUGCGAUUUAUCCGCUGUGCAAGGUACCGAGGCGAGCAAAACCUCGAUCUCAUGCAGUACCAUGGCAACGUGUAUUACCGAGCUUUCAAAGAUAUCGAACCGGGAGAGGAGCUAUUGGUGUGGUACUCAAAUGAGUCCCCGCAAUAUAUGGGACUUCCGUUGGUAAUAACGGACCUCAGUGAUGCGUGCAGAGGAGGCCUUUCCACGCUUCCAAAUUCUCAUGGAAAUAAAGCGAGCUCGGCUGCCAAGCUUUCCCAUACCACAGGACCCCCGCCUCUAAUGCAGUCCGCUACUAGCCAUUCAUUUGGCCAGGCAGCUGUGUCACCAGCGUCGCAUCAUGCAGCGCCAGCAUCGCGGCAUUUCACUCCGAGUGAAAAACAGAUUUUCAAGGAAAACUCCAAACUCUGUGACGCGCAUCAUAGAAGACUGUUAGAAGAGCACUUCCAUCAUUUUUCCAAGCCAAUUGGUGCCGCGCAUACACUAAACAAGAGAGUUUCCGAAGAGAACAGGAUCACACGCGACGCAUGUGAUAUGAACAAUAACGCACGCGAUAUUAACGCGAAGGCGCGUGAUUGUGACGCAGCUGCAUGUGGCUUGCAUUCUAAGACACAAGUCCCCGGUGUUCAUACACCAAAUGAUAUAAUGAUGACUUCAUUUCGGGUGGACAAGGGGUCACGUGAUACCGUUUAUCUGCCAAAUAUGGAAGUCAGACGUCGGGAUAACAUCAACGCCGAUACAGCAUCACGUGAUCAGCCCUUUGUAACACCCUGCAAAACGUACAAUAAAGAGAUUGGUACGAGCGUGGAAACGAGGCUUCAUGUGAAAGAAGGACGUACCAAGACCGGUGCAAAAGUUAAUAUCCGUAAAGGCCUGGGGAAAAGAAGAAAAAGUUCUCCAGCUAUGAUAAACAAAGUGAUAAAUAACUUUCUACUUCAAAUACAGGAAGCAAGAUUAGAAGAACUUAGAAAUAAAGAUGAAGAGGUUGAUAACCCGCAUAAUAAGCCCAUCCCUUCGCACAUUCCAGAGCUUAAGUGUGAGCCCACGAGACUUUGGAGAUGUGGUCAGUGUCUACAGACAUUUUGGCAUGUGCAGCUUCUGCAGCUACAUGAUUGUAUUCCUUGUGUAAAAAAAAACUGCACGAAACUGUGGGAUGUCCAGACUUAGAAAGGAAGACAAUUGCUUUAUUAUCUGCAGUAAAAAAAUAUCUCUUGAUAUCGAACGUGUUUCGGAUGCAAGUGGGAGGUAAAUUCUCGGAAAUUUCCAGGCGCACGUAGGACUGGCUGGCCCAGGACUGGCUGGGGAUGGGGGGGGGGGGGGGGGGGCAGUCAUAAGUAUCAUAUAAAAAAAGCCUAGUAUUUGAAGAUUCCUUAAUAUGAAAUCGCCAAAUCGCGACCCUCUUUUUGAUCGCCAAAUAAAAUUUAACUUGAAAGUUCGGUUUUGUUUGGCGUUUCUUCCUGGAAUUCAGCAGUCAGAGGACGGGGAUCGCUAUCUCUGUAAGAAUUUUUUUUCAACCCACUGUUGACUUGCUCCACGCUGUCACAAGGGGCAUUUUUUCCUGUAACGUGCAAUUCAACGAUGACGAAUAAAAGGAAGCGGUCUCUGUAUCAACACAGGCCAUUUUUGCAAUGUUGAGAAAAAAAAAUAGACCAAAUUCUACUCUUUCGCAACAAAAAAUUGCAUUGCAAGUUGCAGGAAAACCAACUCGUGUAACAUGGUGCUUAACCACAACCCACUACGAAGAUUUCCUUUCUUAUUCUUAGACGCUGUGGCGCUUUAUACUGCAUAAUUUCUAUCUUGCCGCGGUGAUUAUCUCAGUGCUGUGUUUCCGUGUUUGUUCAGGCGGACACAGAAAGUACCUCUGGACAAAGAAGGAAUUUAUGUGCAUAACUUGAAAGGUUAAUCUUUUUUGUUUUUAUUUCUUUGUUUAAUCGUUGAUCUUACAAGUGUCGCUAUAGUACAAGUGUCGCUAUAUUUUUGCAGUAGCAAAACUAGGUUUUCCAAAGUAUGGCAUUCCCAGAAAUAAGGGACAUUAGCCAGCGGUUUCUCUGGGCUACCAUUUUGCUAGGCCCGCGAGGAAUAACAGCGGUAUCACAAAUAAAAACGAGAUUCCGGCCAGCACAGGGGCUUCCCUUUUGCUGUUACACUAGAAGUUUUUAAUCAGGUUGACUAAAAUUCCCAAUAAAAAUAGUAUUAGCGGUAUUUAAACGUGCAAGGGGCAUCUCUGAUUUGAUACGUCCAAUGAUAAUGGAAGUGCGGCAGUCUUGCUGAGGUUGGAAAACAUUAUAUGCGCAAAUUUAAAAAAAAUGUAUUUUAGAAAGGCUUUAUGGUUCCCCUGUGUCUACCCAGAAAGCCGUGGGGCCGUUUAAAAACAAAAUGGAGAACGGACGAACGGAGAGAAGUUGUUCUUGCGGAGCGCACCGUUUUCCUUGCUUCAGUCUGUAUCUUAAAUACAACAAUAAUGGUUCCUGAACUAGGCAUAACUACAUCAAAUGUUAUUUCUUCGGGAAUAAGAUUGGAAGGCGCUACUGCCUAUUUUAUUGGCCAAUUUGAUGGAAGGGUAGUCUAUUUACCAAUUUCGAGUCCUGCACCUGUGAUGCGGCGAACAGUUCUACCUUUUAAACGACUACUUUUAUGCCCGAUUUCAAUGAAAUUACAGAGAAUGUAUGGAGGAUUGUAUGCUCUCAAGCGAACAAAAGUGCAAUGUCCAAGGAACAAUAAUAUGGCUUUCUCUGGCAUCGUUUGAACGGAAAGUGUAUCACUCGAAUGGCAAGGGUUUUUUUUCGAGUCCUGCAUCGUUAGCCCAAAAUCUCUGAAACGAGAAAAUUUGAUAAAUUGUGAUGUCUCCCCACAUUUCCUUAUAAUAAAUGGCAGCCAUUUUGA